AUGAAAGAGGAGAAAGAUGCAGAUGCUGACCGAUUGAGGACACGGUUGUUCCUGGACUGGUUCAACAGCUUGAAAAGCGAUGAAGAUGUCUUGAAUCAGCUUCGCCGCAGUGGGUUAGACAUUAAUAGUGUUGAUUCUUGUUAUGAGUCGUUCAAGGAGUUUUGCACGAACAAGGCCGAACUUAUUAAAUCCAAUUUGUCCGAGAACCAAUUAUGA